GCAACCAAUCAAACCAUUACUAAAAGUCACAUGACCAAACAAAAUGUCUACGCACUGGUCGACCUGCCUUGCUUCAGUUUUCUAGUUGGCUCGGGUCUUAGGUCGUUAUGGCAUCAAAGACGGCUCUGAUUUAUGAUGAGGAGAUGACCCGCUACAAACUCCUCUGGGUUGACCCUGCUUGUAAAAUUGAGGUACCGGAACGUCUUACUGCCAGUUAUGGAGCACUGCUUGCCAAAGGCCUGUCAGAGCGCUGUGUCUCCAUCCCCGUUCGUCAAGCAACUGAUGAGGAGAUCUUACUGGUACACAGUGAGGAGUAUCUUGAAGCUGUCAAACAGACUCCCCACAUGACACUGGAGGAUCUAAUGACAUUCACCCAGCAGUAUGGAGAUGUAUAUUUCCAUCCGAACAUCUUCCACUGUGCCAAACUGGCAAUAGGGGCCACCCUGCAGUUAGUGGACAGUGUGAUGACGGAAAAAGUGAGGAAUGGAAUUGCAUUGGUCAGACCCCCUGGCCAUCACAGCCAAAGAAGUGCUGCCAACGGCUUCUGUGUUUUCAACAACGUGGCUAUUGCUGCUCACUAUGCUAAGAAACGCUAUAGUGUUAAAAGGGUUUUGAUUGUUGACUGGGACGUGCAUCAUGGGCAAGGUGUCCAGUACUGUUUCGAGGAGGACCCAAGUGUGCUCUACUUUUCUUGGCACCGCUUUGAGCACCAAAGCUUUUGGCCCAAUCUUCCAGAAUCAGAUUAUGACAACGUGGGAAAGGGAAACGGAGCAGGAUUCAAUAUGAACGUACCAUGGAAUAAGGUGGGAAUGACCAACAGUGACUACCUCUCUGUCUUCUUCCAUGUGCUACUGCCGGUUGCUUAUGAGUUCAACCCUGAGCUCGUUCUGGUGUCGGCAGGUUUUGACUCUGCCAUCGGAGACCCAGAGGGCCACAUGUGCGCCACUCCAGAGAUCUUUGCCCACCUCACACACCUGCUGAUGCCCCUGGCAGGGGGCAGGUUGUGCACGGUUCUUGAGGGUGGAUAUCACUUGACCUCGCUUGCCCAGUCAGUGUGCCAGACUGUGCAGAGUCUCCUAGGCGACCCUGCCCCUCUGCUGCCCAGCGUAAGCUCCCCGUGCGACAGUGCACUGGAGUCUCUUCAAAAUGUGAGGUCUGCACAUCAACCGUAUUGGACUUGCUUUAAACACUCUGCGACGGCCCCGGUCUCAGAGCCCAGCACCAAACACUGCAGGACACAAGGGGGCGCUGGUGAGGAGGUCCAACCGGAGCAGCUGACUGGACAGGCAGAGGAGCAGACGGAGGAGGAAGUGGUCUGGCCUGAGCCUCUACCCAGGACAGCCCCUCCUGUGCGUACAGCAGCAGCGCUCCCUGCUGGUGGGGAGGACACACUGCCACAGGGCUGUCGGCGCUCGGUGGAGGCACCCCACACCAUGGGAACAGUGCAGAGACUUGGAGAUGAGCUCAAUGAAGAAGUGAAGGAUGAGAGGGUGGUGAGAAGCCUCAGACAGGUGAUCUCACUUUUGGACCAAGUAGAGAAGAAAGAGAUCCGCAAUGGUUUGGCAGUGGUGCCAGAUAUAUCCCUGGCUGUGAAGUUUGCUGUUCAGCAUGCACUAAGCUCCACUGACCGGGUUCUGGUAGUAUUUGUUGGUGAUGGUGAGUUAUCGGUGGACUCACACGAUGGGAGAGUCCUCUUGGUACAGAUCUGCAGUAAACAGCCUAAACCCCAGACAUCCCAGUACCAUGUUUCAGUGUGCUUGAAGCAAGGUCCCGGUGAUGUGGCCGGGUUCCUGCACUCUGUGCUGGUCCUGCUGCUGCCGCUGGCGUACGAGCUCAGCCCAGGGCUGGUGCUGGAGGUCCUGGCACACAGCAGCGUGACGGAGGCAGCGUGGGCGCAGCUCACCAGCCUGCUGCAGGGGCUGGCACUAGGGCACACCCUGGCCCUGCUACAGGAAUCGCAGGGGGCCCUAGUAAGGGCCAGUGCAGCCUCUCUGAUGGGGGACCCUGUCCCUGCCCUGGGGCCUCAGGGGCCUCUCUCCCCUGAAGAUGUGCGGACCGUAGAGGAAGAGAGGAGGAGGCUGGAGGUCACGUGGGGAAUGCUGCACACCUCGGUUGCCGGCAAGAAAUCUCUGGAGCAAAACAAAUGAAGUCAUCACUGUAUUAUUUUUAAUACAUUUCAACAUUAACAACCAUCUCUAUUUUAAUGAUUUUGUUGGGGGGGGGGGGGGGGGGUUACAUUA